AUGCACCAAACCACCUUGACCCUCAUUGGCUUGGGAUCGGAUCGAGCGAUGCACAUUUUGUUGGGCCAGCUGACGACGGGCGCACCUCGCCUGCUACGAUUGCAGGCGUCGGCGUCGAGCCGACUGCUCUCGACCAGCCGCGUUGUGGCGCAGAAGCCAAAGGUGCUGCUGCUGGACGAGGUGAAGCUGGCCAAGUCGCAGCUCGCCCAGCUCUCCAACGCCGCUACAGUGAUCGAGUCGAGCGCAACGACGCGGUCCGAGCUCAUCCAAAAGUUCAGGACGGGCGGAGAGUACGCCGACGUGGUGGGCAUCUAUCGUCACUUUGGCGCAGCACGCUCCGUCAAGAUCACCGGUCGCCUCGACCAAGAGCUCGUCGAGCAGCUGCCCAACAGCUUGCGAUACAUUGUGCACAACGGCGCAGGAUACGACCAGCUCGAUAUAGCCGCUCUCUCGCAACGACGCAUCCAGGCCUCCAACGUCCCCACCGCCGUCGACGACGCCACCUCGGACGUCGCCCUCUAUCUCCUCCUCGGCGCCAUCAGACGCUUCCCGCUCGCACGCGCCCACAUGGACAAGGGAAGCUUCAACUCGGCUUUCCCUUUCCUCGAAGCCCACGAUCCGCGUGCCAAGACGCUCGGCAUUGUCGGCGCUGGCGGCAUCGGUCGCGCAUUCGCCUACAAGGCUUCGCACGCGCUUGGCAUGAAGGUCAUCUACCACAACCGCAACCGUCUCGAUCAGCAGCUCGAAGCCGACGCUGCAAAGGGUGGCAUGGAGUACGUCGCCUCGCUCGACGAACUGCUCGCGCGCUCCGACGUUGUCUCCCUCCACUGCCCCCUCACUCCCGCCACCAAGGGCCUCAUCGGCACAGAACAGCUUCACAAGAUGAAGAAAUCCGCCAUCCUCAUCAACACCGCCCGUGGACCCGUCGUCAAGGAACAAGAGCUCGCCCAAGCCCUCGAACAGGGCGUCAUCGCCGGCGCCGGCCUCGAUGUCUUCGAAGCAGAGCCCAAGAUCCACGAGCAGCUUUUGGCGCUCAAGGACUCCAAGGUCGAGCUCCUACCGCACGUCGGCACCCUCACGCUCGAAACACAGACCGAGAUGGAGGCCGUCUGUCUGCGAAACCUUCUCCAGGGCCUCCGAACCGGUAAGCUCGGUUUCACCGUGCCUGAGCAAAGGGACGUCGAUUUUAGCUAG